UGAUGAUCGAUGGUGAUGACGGUUUUAUCAUCAUCAUCAUCAUCAUCCUGCAGCGCAAAGACUUCCCCAGCAAUAGCUUUUACGUGGUGGUGGUGGUGAAGACUGAAGACCAGGCCUGUGGGGGCUCCUUGCCUUUCUACCCCUUUGUAGAAGAUGAACCGGUUGAUCAAGGGCACCGCCAGAAAACCCUGUCCGUGGUGGUAUCUCGAGCAGUCACGUCUGAGGCCUAUGUUGGUGGUAUGCUCUUUUGCCUGGGCAUAUUUCUCUCCUUCUAUCUGCUGACUAUCCUCCUGGCCUGUUGGGAGAAUUGGAGGCAGAGGAAGAAGACGCUUCUGGUGGCCAUGGACCGAGCCUGCCCCGAAAGCGCUUCUCUCCUUGGUCACCCUCGGGUGCUCGCCGACUCCUUCCCUGGCAGCUCCCCGUAUGAGGGCUACAACUACGGCUCUUUCGAGAACAGCUCCGGGUCCACGGACGGCCUGGUCGACAGCACGGGCACCGGAGACCUCUCCUACGGUUACCAGGGGCACGACCAGUUCAAGCGGCGCCUCCCCUUUGGCCAGAUGCGGCAGCUGUGCAUUGCCAUGGAUCGCUCCCUAGACCCUGUGGGCACUCGGCCUCGCCUGGACUCCAUGAGCUCUGUGGAGGAGGAUGACUACGACACAUUGACUGACAUCGAUUCGGACAAGAAUGUCAUUCGCACCAAGCAAUACCUCUACGUGGCCGACCUGGCACGCAAGGACAAACGCAUCCUUCGGAAAAAGUACCAGAUCUACUUCUGGAACAUCGCCACCAUCGCUGUCUUCUAUGCACUUCCUGUGGUGCAGCUGGUGAUCACGUACCAGACGGUGGUGAAUGUCACCGGGAAUCAGGACAUCUGCUACUACAACUUCCUCUGCGCCCACCCGCUGGGCAACCUCAGCGCCUUCAACAACAUCCUGAGCAACCUGGGGUACAUCCUGCUGGGGCUCCUCUUCCUGCUCAUCAUCCUGCAGCGGGAGAUCAACCACAACCGGGCCCUGCUGCGCAAUGACCUCCACGCCCUGGAAUGUGGGAUCCCAAAACACUUCGGCCUGUUCUAUGCUAUGGGCACAGCGCUGAUGAUGGAGGGGCUGCUCAGUGCCUGCUAUCAUGUCUGCCCCAACUACACCAACUUCCAGUUUGACACGUCGUUCAUGUACAUGAUUGCCGGGCUGUGCAUGCUGAAGCUCUACCAGAAGCGACACCCAGACAUCAACGCGAGCGCCUACAGCGCCUACGCCUGCCUGGCCGUCGUCAUCUUCUUCUCCGUGCUGGGCGUGGUGUUCGGCAAAGGGAACACAGCGUUCUGGAUCGUCUUCUCCGUCAUCCACAUCAUCGCCACCCUGCUCCUCAGCACCCAGCUCUAUUACAUGGGCCGCUGGAAGCUGGACUCGGGGAUCUGCCGCCGCAUCCUCCACGUGCUCUACACAGACUGCAUCCGGCAGUGCAGCGGGCCCCUCUAUGUGGACCGCAUGGUGCUGCUGGUUAUGGGCAACAUUAUCAACUGGUCACUAGCUGCCUAUGGGCUCAUCAUGCGCCCCAAUGAUUUCGCCUCCUACUUGUUGGCCAUUGGCAUCUGCAACCUGCUUCUGUACUUCGCCUUCUACAUUAUUAUGAAGCUACGCAGUGGGGAACGGAUCAAGCUCAUCCCCCUGCUCUGCAUUGUCUGCACCUCCGUGGUGUGGGGCUUUGCACUCUUCUUCUUCUUCCAGGGACUCAGCACCUGGCAGAAAACGCCUGCGGAGUCACGGGAGCACAACCGCGACUGCAUCCUCCUGGACUUCUUUGACGACCACGACAUCUGGCACUUCCUGUCCUCCAUUGCCAUGUUUGGGUCAUUCCUGGUGUUGCUGACGCUGGACGACGACCUGGACACCGUGCAGCGGGACAAGAUCUACGUCUUCUAGCAGGAGCCAGGCGCCUUGCUUUCCUCACAGGGGCCCCCGAGCUCCUCUGCCUCACUGCCCAGAGCCUCCGUAGCUCUGGGGGUGUGAGUCCCCGCCCUGCGGCCCAGUGUGGGUGGUGGCGGGACAGCGAGAUCUAGCCCACGCUCGGCCUGGGACAGUCGUGGCGGGGGCCGUGAGCCCUGCAUCUGCCCUCUGCCGGGGAGGAGGCCUGCUCCCCUAAAGCCCCAGAUGUUGGCCACUGGCUUCUGCUUCUCAGUGUUGAGGGCCUCUCACGGGCCCUGUCCGUUGGCUCUCCCAUCUGUCCCUUUGCAGGAGGAAGGAGGGAAGUGGUGUUGCCCUGCCCAUCUCAUCUCUUCUGCCCGUCCUUGCCUUCUCCAGGAGCCUGUGACCCCAAGCCCUUCUUCCCGAGCUCCAAUCCAGGGCCUGGUUGGGCCUGAUUCUCUGUCCUGCGCCAGGGUCCCACCGCCCUUUGGGCUGUCCCUGACUGCCAUCACUGCCCGUUCAAGUCGGGAUGAAUGGGGGUGAAGGAUUUUGGAGACCAGCCAGCUGGUGCCAGGCUUUUGGUGCUAAGGCCUAAGAGGGGCUCAGGCAGUGCAGCUUCCCCCCUCUGACCUGUGCUUGGGACUGGCUCUGUAGUAGUAAGAGUCAGUCCACGUGUGAGAGUCGCCUUGAUUUGAGGGGCUGAAUUCAGAGGUCACCUUCCUAUCCCGUCAGCCCCCAGACUGAUGUUGGCACCAGGAUUGGAGGGAGAGACAAAUUCCCCCCUUCCCUUCCUUUUUCUUUCCAGCCCUCCGUCCUGCCAAGCCCCAGUUGGGGGCCUUCCAGUGCCGUUGACACUGCCCAAGAAUGUCCAGGGGCAAAGGAGGGGUACAUGAGGCACCCAGCUUCUCCUGCCUCCUCACAGCCGUGGGAGCCCCAGUGCCUAUCUUAGAAGGAGGCUCAGGAAGGGACACGAUGCUCCCCUCAGUGUCCCUGGUCCAGCCUCACUCUAGGACCCAGGGCUGGCUUCUGUGUUUCCGUCCUGUCUUCGGCCAAGUUUUGUGUUAGUCACACACACGCGUAUGUGUAGGACACUUUGGAGUUUACACUGAGUUGCCCCAGCUCUGGGCCCCUAGCUGCUCUGGUCCUUCGAUCCCCGUCACCCUACCUGGUCCAUUCCAGAUGCCAAGACUGGGGGAGGCCAGGUUGGGCCUCUGCCUUGGGGAUGGGAGUGUGUUUUAUUCUGCCCAACUUGUUUUUAUAGCUCUCCCUGGAGCUGGGGAGAGGAGGUGGAUCUGGAUCUCUUUUCAGAACUCCGUUUAAUGUCUGUUUCCAGGCUGUGGUUGCAUUUCUGUCUUCUAUGAAUGAGUCUGCAUUCAAUUAAAGAAACAGCCAGACGCGGUU